AGGUAAAAAGUACAGCAAUCAAUAUUCAAAAUAUCGUGAUAUUUAAAUUACUGCUGCACGGCACCCUUCCGAACCAAAUACCCCCUAUUAGGCCCAUUAACUGGGCCCGCUGAUUUAUCGGUCUGAUAGCCAAUAAAAGGCCGAAUUAUCGGAUGGGCUGGCUAACUGCCAGAGGAGGCAUAGCUCAUUUUGCCCACAAAAUAUAGCCUGGUUCCAACCCUUCUCCCAGCCGCACAUAUCCCUCCCUUCUCCCGUUCUAGGGUUAGGGCUUCCGCUCCUUCUCUAGAGGAGCCGCCGCCGCCACCACCUCCGCCCCAAGCAGCCGCCAGCAACAUCAACCAGCCAGCGCCUCCCCUCCUCCAAGGAGCCUCCCUCAUCCGCUCACCUCCCGUCAUCCAGCAACGAGGAGCAUCCAGUGCCCCCGCCCCCGAGCUUGCCGUCUCCUCACCGACCAGCCGACGGCGCCGUCCUCAAGAUUGCUUCCCCAAGCUUGCUACUUCUUCCUGCUUCCUCGCCUACUCCGCCCGUCCUCUGUCCAUGGCUUCCUCAAACAUCAAGGUUUGUGAUGGCUUGGUAAUAGGAAAGAACAGACCUAAGGAGCUUUAUUUAUCAGAAAUGUGUAAAAUUGAAGAUGACCCUAUUGCAAUACCCAUCGAGGCUAAUGCAUAUGGAAAGGGCUUGCCCUAUGCUCCUAUAAACUGGCCAUGUCUUGGAGAUGAGUGGAAAUGGAAAGUGGGAAAGAGAUAUUAUACUGGGCACUGGCAUGAUAGGUAUCUUAUCCCUCCCUCACGAUUUCGUGAUGCUAAUGGUAGAAGGAUACUAUUCAGAAGUAAAAAGCAUGUUGAAGAGUUUAUCAAGAGAGAAUUUCCGGACACCGACCCUAACACAUUCUUCUCUAUGUUUAUAUGGAAGAUCCCUUGUGAGGGAAGCGUGAUUCAAAGAGGAACUCGGCAAUUGAGGGGUCCCAAACUUGAAAAUCUCUUAGCAAAUCCAACUAAAGAGAAGUUACGGUUUAUUAAAUCUUCACUAGCACAUGAUUAUGACAUGUUCUGCACAAUGCCUAAUUUCCGUGCUGAAUGUUGUUGUAUUAUCUGUGGUAUGGUUGUUGACUAUUCCUGUGGAGGUUAUAACUACAUGAAGUGUGAGGCUACUAUUGGUGAGAACACCAAAUGUGGGCAUGUUGGGCACCUUCACUGUGCUCUUAAAAGUUCGAUGGCUGGAACUGUUGGAGGAGGUAUUUUCUUGGAUAUGGAAUAUUACUGCAGGUGGUGUGAUAACAAAACAAAUUUGAUGAUGCAUGUGGAAAAACUAUUGGAAACAUGUCGACCUCUUCAAUCAAAGGAGAAAAUUAAGACUAUCCUAGACAUGGGCUUAUCCAUCUUGAGAGGCUCAAGAAAAGAGCAAGCAAAAAUCUUGGAGAACUACAUGGGAUCAGUGAUGGCAAAGAUUAACGAUGGGGUUGAUCUUAAUGAAGUAUGGAAAAAGGAAGAUUGUGAUGGUGUGGCAACAUUGGAUGCAGAAGAAAUUUUCCCACCAACCACUACUACCGUGAUGCUGAGGGCUAGCCAUUAUCCAUAUCUAAAUAGUCUAUAAGUUGAGACUGACUUGUAGAGGGUUGUGAAAACCGUUCAAGUCCAAGCUCGAGUAGGAAAAUUUCAGGUCCAUGACCAAAGUUUCUAAUGGAUUCAAGAAAAUAACAACAAAGACAUCCAGGAGCAUUUACUGUUAUUGGAAAAAUAGUUAAAAGUUAGACAAGCUUAAACUAAAGUACCAUGGUUUACCGUGAACCAUCAUUUGCAAUGUUGAUGCACUAUUGUACCUCUUGUAUCUCCUAAGGUGUUGCUCUCUUCAAGGCACAUUAUUAGUUUGCCCUAGGAAUAUUCACUCCAAUAUUUUGAAACAAACAUUCCCCUAUUUAUAAAUAGUCACUCCAACUUAUAAAUGAUUUGUUU